AUGUUGAUUAUUUUCUUGAUCCUCCGCAAAUAUCUAAACUUUUUUACAAAUCCAUUUGCUAGAGAAAUUGAAGAAGAAAAAGAAGAGCCUCCAAUUAAAAAAUUGCCAUUCGAAGUUCUUGGAGCAAUUUUUGAAAAGGUAAGCUUUUGAAUGAUUUAUGAUUUUUCCAAUUGAAAUGUUUUUCAGCUUGAAUACGAAGAUGUUCAAAAUUUGAAAAACUCAUCAAAGUUUCUAUUCAACGCUCAUAAAUUAGAACGUCGGAUGAUUGCUGGUCCAAAAUGUGAUGCCAAUGUGUAUUAUAACAAAAACAAGGAGCUUCGAUUAGAAAUAACAAUUUUCGUUGAAGUUCCUUGGAUAAGAAUACUUCCAUUCAAAAAAACAAUUGAAUUGACAAGAAUUAUUCCAUUUGAUCAAUGGAAUUAUUAUUUCAAAAACGCAGAAUGUAAAAAAUUGAGCAUGGCUGUAGAAGAAAAUGAAAUUCCAUUGGACAUUUUGAAGAAAAUUAUUUGCUGUAAAUCGAUCGAGAAAUUAAUCUAUUCCGGAGAAUCAAUCAAUCAGAUGUCUAUUGAUCUUCUUGCUGCAUAUAAUUCUCAGAGUUUUGAAAUUGUUGUUAAUCGUUGGAGUUUUAAAGUAUUGCAUAUAAUUAAUGCCAACUAUACAUUCGUUUUGAUCGUGUGUCUUAAAAAUAUUGAUGAUAUUUUUGAAGCAAUCAAAUUCACUUAUGACACGAUUAUUAGAUUGAACCCGGAAAUUUAUGAAAAAAACAAGGAUUCUUUGAUGGUGAGUUUUACAGCAAAAAAAUACAAGGAAAUACAAUUCAGUUACGAACUUCCCCAUUUAUUCCCUACCGUAUACGGUAGAUGUUUGUAAAAAGUUUUUACUAAACUCGAAAUCGUUCAAAAAAUGAGAGUGUUCAUACAAGUUUCGAAUCCUUGUCAGUAUUUCAUAUUACACUAUUUUUCUAUUUUUCAGAAACUCAAGCCUAACAUUAAAUAUAAUCCUCUCUUCUUGUUUCACUUUGCUGAAAAUACAGAUGAAGAAAAAGUUCGAUCGAUCGCGAAUUUUUUGGAAAACAAUGUUUCAAAUGUUUAUGGACGUUUUGUUGAAUGCAAAGUUGAGGAAGACGGCACAGACCUUUAUAUGAUUUGUAGGGAUGAUCCGAUUGCUGACAGAGCUGAGGUUCGUUAUAUAAACGGCUUCUUCAAGUUCAUAAGAUUUUUUCAGCCAGUGUUACAACCAGAAGAGGAACAAUCUGUAGCUGCUAUGUUUCGUUCCGUGCGCGAAUUAUUCACUCUUCGAAAUAUCGCACUUGGUUUAUUCGAGAAAUUAUUGGAAUAUUUUAUAAUCCAAUUGCUCAAAUUUCUUUGGAACUUUGUUAAAACAAUGAUCUUUGCACAAUUUUUUUAA